AUGGCGUCGAGACCGCAAGAUAACAUUCUACAGGGCAAAAAUCUCUGGUCAAACAGAGUAACAACACCAGUGGAGAACUUACCGUUCAGUCUCGUACUGCGCAAAAACAAGCGUCCACGGUCAGACAACAGUAGCACCAAUCGCAGUGAAACCGAAAGCAACAACGCCAACCAUCAAAACAACAACACCAUGAAAUAUUCAGAGGUUGCAAAAAAGUUUCAAAUAAAAUUGUUGGAAACAAAAAGUUUAAUACACAAGGCAGAUGAGUUGUUUGAUUAUUUAAACAAUUUUGUGUGCACAUUUGACGUCGUAGCCAUCACUGAAACAUGGCUUAAUGAUAGUACAGAAGAUUUGAUUUGUAUGAACGGUUUCAAAUUCAUCGGAAAAAAUCGAUUGAGCAAACACGGUGGAGGAGUAGGAUUCUACGUAAGCAAUAACUUGACCUUCAAGACAAGAGAUGAUUUAAACAAGUUGGGAGGUCUAGAUUUUGAAACUUUCGCAAUUGAAUUAAAGACUGACCCUUCAACCAAAAAUUUCGUCAUUGUUGUAUUAUACAGACCACCCAGUUGCAACGCGAUCUAUUACCUGCAGCAAUUAGAAAUUAUAUUGCAACAAAUAGACGUUGAAAACAAGCAUGUUGUUAUCACAGGUGAUCUCAACAUUGAUAUGAGUGACACGAACGAUGAUGUUAACAAAAUGUAUUUAUGUCAACUUUUUACCUGCUACAGUUUUGAUCAGUUAAUAACGUUUCCAACAAGAAUCAGUGUUGAAAAGCAAUCAAUCAUCGACUGCUUUUUCACAAACUUUCCGCAACAGGUUUUAGUCAAUCCUGAAGAUGCACUUAACAAACACUUCAUAAGCCUAGCUCCAAAUUUGAUGAAAGAUUUUACGAAAAAUUCUGAAUGGAAGCAAACAAUGCACCAUAAACUUUCAAAUUCUUUUUUUUGUCUUGAUACCUCAUUUGAAGAAGUUGUCGAGACGGCAAAAAGUUUACGACCCAAAUAUUCAAGUGGUGUUGAUGACAUUCCUUCAAAAAUUGUUAUUUCCACAAUCAACUCAACAGCUCAAAUUUUGAGUUAUCUGGUAAAUUUUUCAUUUGCGACAGGCAUAUUUCCUCAAUGUUUCAAAGUGGCAAAAGUAAUUCCAAUAGCAAAGCAGACAGGAAAAAUGGCGAAAGCACUUGGCGUUAUCAACAAAGUUCGAUUUUACGUUCCAAGAAGAACGUUAAAUAUGCUCUAUAACGCCAUAUGCGUAGCGUACAUCUCUUACUGCAACGUAGUCUGGGCUGGGUGGCUGUGCAAGAUGAGCUCAUCACGAGCUCGAUCAUAG